AUGAAUCAGCGUCCACGAAAUGAUUACUUGAGAGAAAAUAAGACUGGCAAGUACACUCGAAAGAGUAUUUUCGAUCAAGUACAGACUAACGCUAACGCCAUACCUCACCAGCCGCGGCAACCACAACCAAAAACGCUAGUGUACAUCAUUGACAAGGAAGACUUCAAAAGCAUUGUUCAGAAAUUAACGAGUAAUCAAUCAUGUGAGUUUUUAUCUCAAAACCUUCCAAAUCGUCAGAAGAUUAGACCAGGGUCGACUUCACCAGUUCCUCCCAAUGCCGCAGGGGUUCAUGUCUCAUCGCAUAUGCGGUAUAUUGAAAGUUUACGUGACGAAUCAUCGGAUUCUAAUGGUGAACUCUUCCAACAAUUAUGUGAUGAGAAUCAAUCUCAUAUGCAACCGAUGCUAUAUUCAAAUGGUGACAAAAUCCAACAAACAUUUAAUGAGAAUCAAACUCAUAUGCCACCCAUGUCAAAUUCCAAUGUUCUUAUAUCAGUCAUGACCAGUACUUUACCCUCUCCUUGGUUCAAUGGUUCGCCUCAACAAAUGGACGCUGCUUACUCAUUGACAUCAACAAGAGUUGAGUAUCCUCAACCAUUGACGCCAAACUUCACAUUUUCGUCUAACCCGGAAUUUUUCGAUCCAGUCCUAGGACGUUUUAAGCUCCUAAGUUCGAUGUUUCUGAUUGCUAUCACCACUCGUCUUUUCCUCCAUUUUCAGAUAUUCCAGAACAGAAUAUCCAUUAAACAAGAAAUAAGAUAG